CGUCACAGCACACAGAAGUUUUCCUCUCUCGCGCGGGUCUCAAACGCUCAUCCGAGCGCGCUAAACAACGACGACAACAACACUCAGAAGUAGAUUAAUAAAGUUGUCUGGUAGAGUACAGUAUGCCGCAGCUGAACGGCGGAGGAGGAGAUGAUCUCGGGGCGAAUGAUGAGAUGAUCGCGUUUAAAGAUGAAGGAGGAGAUCACGAGGAGAAGAUCCGCGAGAGCGCGUUCACGGAGAGAGACCUGGCCGAUCUCAAGUCAUCUCUGGUCAACGAGUCCGAGAUCAGCCAGAACAACACGCACCCUGCCGUGAUCAGAAGAGGACAGCAGGAGGAUCAGAGGAUCUACACGGAUAAACGAGAACAUCUGGACGACGUGCCCAAGCAUCACGAUGGUGGGAUGUACAAGGCGUCGUACUCUGGAUACCCGUUCCUGAUGCUCCCCGAGCCGUACCUCCCGAACGGACCCGUCUCUCCAGCCUCCAACAAGGUGUCGGUGGUCCAGCCGGGGAUGCAUCCGCUCACACCGCUCCUCCCGUACGAUCACUUCAACCCCAGUCCUACACACAUUCCCACAGACGUCAGCCAGAAACCAGGUGUUCACAGGCAUCAGUCGCAGGAGAUCUCCGGUUUCUACUCGCUGCCCCAAGGCCAGAUCCCUCCCUCCAUGAACUGGCCCAAUCAGCCUGUCUAUCCUCUGCCCUCCUGCGGCUUCAGACAGUCCUUCUCCUCCAGCCUGCAGAGCAGCUCCUCAUACCCCAGGUUCUCUCACUCUCUGAUGCUUCAGUCCGGCAUGCACCCGACAGGGAUCCCUCACCCCGCUAUAGUGCCCUCCUCAGGGAAACAGGAGCACGACCAGUUCGACAGGAACAUGUACCACAAAUCUCACCCAGAUGGCAAGCGUGAGAAGGAGCCGAAGAAGCCGGUGAUCAAGAAACCUCUGAACGCGUUCAUGCUUUACAUGAAGGAGAUGCGUGCGAAAGUGAUCGCCGAGUGUACGCUGAAGGAGAGCGCGGCCAUCAACCAGAUCCUGGGCCGGCGGUGGCACGCUCUGACCCGUGAGGAACAGGCUAAGUACUAUGAACUGGCGAGGAAGGAGCGACAGCUUCACAUGCAGCUUUAUCCCAGCUGGUCCGCUCGAGACAACUACAUUCAAGUUGAAGGAGGGACCCGGGCCGCAGCUAGAGAUCAGACACUCCCAGGCAAAAAGAAGCGAAGGAAACGAGACAAGCAGCAUGACUCCAGCUCAGACCCCGGCUCGCCAAAGAAAUGCCGUGCUCGCUUUGGGCUCAACCAACAAACGGACUGGUGUGGCCCCUGCAGGAGGAAAAAGAAGUGCAUUCGCUACCUUCAGCGAGGACGCUGCGCCAGCCCCCAUUCUUCCGAUGGAAGUGCUAUAGACUCCUCCCCCUCACCUGUCAAUCACCUGCCAAGCCCCGCCUCCCCCGCCAGCAGGCCCCGCCCACAGAGUGGCAAACGCUCCGCCCACCCGCCCAGACUCUCGCUCCACUUCAGCAGAAUUAAAACAGAGAGCACGACGCCCCAGCCACAAUAACCCAUGCCGAGACUCACUCCUCACGUUCUGUGCUCCUGUUUACUCCUCAAAAAGAAAAAAAAAAUGUAUGUGGCGCGUCAUUCAUCUUUUUAGGAAGUCGUGGCAAUAGAUUUUCUCGUGGGUGAAUCUCAUGAAGAACGUUUUCUCUCUUUUCUUUUAUUGACAAUUAAGCAUAUUAUUGUUUUCAUUAACAAAAAUU